AUGAACUUGAGAGGAAUUAAUUACAAGACAUCUUUGAAAUCUUGCACAUGUGUUCCAAAAAUGAACGUUUUGUAUAAUGUAACUACCGAUCUGACUGGAGGAUGUCUGGCAUUCGUGGCCCAUGAUUGUCCACAAACAUUUCACUACGUGAUUGAAAGCCACAAGUGUUACAAGUACAUAAACGAUGCAAAUAACUGGUCCGUCUCCAGAAAACUUUGCAACGACAUGCUAAACUCGCAUCCCGUUAUUUUUGAUGAAGCAAAUGAGGCUACUGCCAUCAUCCUCUACAUGAAAUCGAGAUCUUAUGUCUACUCGUGGACAGCUGGUUAUGUGAAUUACACGAAUGGGCUGGCGUUUCAUUGGGGUCCUUAUCCAGGAAUAACCAGACCAAUCGAUCCCAAUGUUACCUUUUGGUAUCCAGGAGCUCCCUAUCCGUUUGGAGGUGGGACUGACUGUAUUGAGUUUAUGCCUCGCUUCGGUGGCUGCUGGUUCGAUUAUUACUGCGAUGUCACUCAGUCGGUUUUGUGUGAGUAUGAUGUUGUCUUUUAG